AUGUCCUAUGGGCUCCUGGGGACCCUCCUGCUCCUCCUGCCAGGAGCCACCUCGGCAGAGCGGGGACGGGUCCAGCAAAGCCCGAGGCAGCUCUGGGUGCUCCCCGGAGAGACGGCGGAGCUGAGCUGUCGCAUCUCGGACCACAGCCAGUCUGUGAACUGGUACAAGGAGAAGCUGGAUGGCAGUUUGUACUGGAUUUACCAGAGCUCAAAUUACUCCUCUCUGGUGGGAAAAUACUCGGGGAGGAAGGAAACACGUGGGAAUUUUUCCCUCGCCAUCGGCCUCGCGCAGAGGGAGGACUCCGGGGUUUAUUACUGCAGCUCCCCUGCCUUCCACCCCCUGUUUGGGGACGGGACCAGGCUCGUCGUCACCGACGCCACCGAGCCCAAGCUCUCCAUCCUGGUGCCCGUCGAUGCAGAGGAGCCCGGGCAGCCCUCGGCCAGCAUCCCCCUGCUCUGCCACCUCCACGACCUCCCUCUGGGCUGGGACUCGGUGCGCUGGCAGCCCGGCGGGGAGGUGACGCCGGUGACGGCGGUCGGCAUGGACGAGCGCGGCAUCCUCAGCGCCUGGAGCAUCACCUGGGUCUCGGCCGAGCGGUGGGACGGGGCUGCGGCGUGCACGGCCCUGGAGGACGGCACGGGCAGGACCCUCAGCAUCACCAUCAGUAAAGGACCUGGUAAUUAG